AUGACCGCCCCAAUCCCCACCCGCGAGUCCACCACCCCCCCAGUCGACAUCGAAGAGCAUGUCUUCCGCCCACUCACCCCCGAAGACGACACCUUCGCCCUCAGAAUGUUCAAUGCGUACCAAGACCCCGCCUUUGCGUCGCAGCGCGCCAACCCCUCCGCGCGCCUCGCCGCCCCGGACUCCUUCCACGCCCUCACCCACCACCUGUCGCUGUACAUCCUCGCGCUCCGCCACGACGAGCCCCAGCUCGCCGCCGCCGCGUACGCCCAGAUCGUCGACUACUACGCCCGCACCGGCCACUCCGCGUCCCCCUUUCGGCUGGAGUACGUGUAUGACCACACCGAGGGGCCGAACAAGCUGCGCGCGUAUCUGGCUGAGAGCGCGGCAGCCCGCCUGGUUAGUUGUGGUGGCAAGAGCGGCAACGCUUCGCGCUCUAGUUUUGUGGGAAUGGGGGGUGUGCAGGUGGUUGUUGGGCCGGAAGUGGCGGUGUCGAAGAGUAUGAGGGAUGUUGUGGCUAAGGGGGGUGAUUUGGCGGUGGACCUGUUCGCGGCGGUUGUGAAGCUUUCUGUGGAUGCGAAAUAGGGGUAUAGAGGGUAAGAAGUGGUUAUUUUUUUUCUUCCUUUCUGUGUAGGACAGCGUAGGCGCUGGGUGGUUGCUUUUGCUGCUUUUUUUGGGGGGGUAUUGAUGGGUGUUUAUGUAUGUGCGCCGCUGUAUGAGGUACCUCAGUAGGUUGAGUCGACAACAGGAUG